CGGAGUAUAUAGAUAUCUUCAAUUCUCAAAGCGAGCAGGCGAAUACUCAGCAACAAUCUUUCCAUUUUGCCAUCCCAACAUCGCCAUCCUCCUCCCGUCUCCCACUCCAUGGAAACCAAUCACCCAAACCUUCCCGAGCGCCGACCGAAUCCAGACCAGGCCACUACAGAACCAUCACGAACCGUUUUUCAAAAAUUCGAGCCAGCCCAAUCACAUCCCUUCCAAGCCGCAUCCACCGGCCGCAGCCGAACAAAGCCGCAGAGCCCCAUCGGUUCCUGGCCGAAAGCCGCCAUGAAAUGAUGAAAUGCGAACCCACAAGCUUCAAGGAAGAAAAGAGAGUCCACAACCAAUGUAACCCUACUUUUGAAAAACGCUCAAAUCCGAGUAUCCACCGCCGAUCAUGCAUCGCAAACUCGGCAAGCUCGCGGCUGACCGCGCACCACGGUGACACCGACCGACCGGGGCAGUCUUGCCGAGCGCCUGCGGCCACAUUGCUUGGCGGGCAAUGCUUCCUUGGUGGCAGAGUGGCAAUGCCAAGCUGGAAGAAACUUUUUCUCGUGGCCUCGCUUUCCGGUCUCCGCAUGCAGAA